UUGCUCAUACUCUUCAUGACCCUUUUGAUUUUUGUGUCCCACCCUGCGUCUUAGCAGAGCCACUCUGGUUACCACAAUGUUCUUGCUACCUUCCUCUUUCUUUCACAUGGUUUCUCUCUUCUCUUUUCUUUUAUUCUCAAUCGUGAUUCGUUCUAGUACUGCUCAGGGUCCACCUUCCCCUGGCUACUACCCUAGUUCCAAAAUUAGUCCUGUUACCUUUGCUGAGGGAUUUAAAAACCUUUGGGGACCUCAGCAUCAGAAACUAGACCAAGACUCAUUAACAAUCUGGCUUGACACUUACACAGGGAGUGGAUUCAAGUCACUUCACUCUUACCGAUCUGGAUACUUUGGUGCUGCGAUUAAGCUUCAACCUGGUUAUACAGCAGGAGUCAUAACAUCUUUAUACCUUUCAAACAACCAAGACUACCCGGGAAACCAUGAUGAAAUAGACAUUGAAUUCCUUGGUACCACGCCAGAUAAACCAUAUGUGUUGCAGACAAAUGUGUACAUCAGAGGAAGUGGAGAUGGGAACAUUAUAGGGAGAGAGAUGAGGUUUCACCUUUGGUUCGACCCAACAGAAGAUUUUCACAACUACGCUAUUCUAUGGGAACCCAGUGAGAUCAUGUUUUUGGUGGAUGAUGUCCCAAUAAGAAGGUAUCCUAGGAAGAGUGAUGCCACGUUCCCCACAAGAGAAAUGCAUGUGUACGGAUCCAUAUGGGAUGCUUCUUCAUGGGCUACAGAGGGUGGAAAAUACAAAGCUGAUUAUAAAUACCAACCCUUCAUUGGUGAAUACAAAAAUUUCAAACUUGAAGGUUGCACCACUGAAGACUCCACCUCAUGCCAGCCACCUUCAGCCUCACCAUCAGGCUAUGGAAGCCUGAGCCCUCAGCAACUUGCUGCAAUGCAAUGGGUCCAAAACAACCACUUGGUCUAUGACUAUUGCCAUGAUCCUGGGAGAGACCACACCCUUACUCCAGAAUGUUAAUUAAGGUUUAAGAUAUAUAUUUGGAUCAAAGAUGGCAAAACACUUUCAUAAAUUUAACUGCAAUACAGAAAAUAAAAUCAUUGGUUUGGUUGAGGUUGGUAUGUUUCAAAGUUGCUUAUUGUUCAUGGGGUGGAUUCUGUGAUGGUCCCACUUGCUAAUGGUAAGUGUAAUUGCAACAACAGUGAGCGUCCAAGCCCCCCAGAAAAGAUUGUGAUGUUUUUGUUGUUUCUGUAAUUGUGUUGCUUUUGCCCCCACAAAAGAUGGUGAUGUUUUUGUUGUUUCUGUAAUGUGAUGCACUGUUGUUUAGUCUUUUCCUGUUGAAAUAAAUCUAUUUGGAUGCUUUCCUAAUUGGUCUUUAGGAUCAGAAAUGUGAAAAAAAGGACCUUUGUCCCUCUGAAAGUAAGCUGUUGGAAAGAA